AUGUUUAGAAGUAUAUUGGGAAAAAACUUGAUUCAAAGCGUUUCAGCAUUAAAUUCAUCUCAACAAGUUGUUAGAACUUCUUUUGUUCGUUUCAAUUCAAACAAUGCUAACCUCGACCAAUUAAAAAGCAUAUUCGGCGACUCAAAAUCAACCACUACACAAGCAUCGGAAUCUACCAAUAAACAAUCUUUAAACAUUGAUGAUUUAUUGAAUAGUUCAAUUCCAGAAGCAAAAUUGCCAUCCACAACUUUCCCAACCACAUUUUCAUUACAUGAUAAAUUUGGAUUUGAGCAAAAUAGACAACCAACCCCUCGUGAAGUGGCUAAGAACAUUCGUGAAUUUGGAACUAAUGCUGGUAGAACAGUUGACGUUAACUACAACAACAUAUCUAGAUCAUUUAACCAAAUGAGAAGAGUGGUUAACGAAAAUAAAAUAAGGUAUUUACAAAGAAUUCAAAGUAGAUAUAUUCGUCCAGCCAAAUAUAGAAAACAAUUGAAAAGAGAAUGGUGGAGAAGAAAGUUUGCUGCUGGAUUCAAGGAUUUAUUACAUCAAGUCAAUGAUGCAAGAAGAAGAGGUUAUUAG